CGUCUGUAGAAGUAGACAGGAACAAGCUAGAUGGAUUGGCAAAGUCGGAACGAGUGUGAUUAAAAAACACAAACAAAAUACAGAAUCAGUUAUACGACAACCUCUAAACUGUCAAAUUGACUUGACAAGCAGCGCAUUGUUGUCUUCGAUUAACUUAUUGGGAUAGACAAGGGAUCAAAAGAGUUGGUCUGCAGAUUAUUUGUGAAGAUCUGGAAGAGAAACGACCUGUUGGAUUUGUAACUGCAGGAUUUAAACAGACCUAGAAUCUCCCAACAUGCAAUAAUACAAUCUGGAGUACACCUGUUGUUUCAUAGUGAAUGUACAAGGUUUGCUUGCACCUGAAGGCCUGUGUUUUGGCUUCACUCAAUCACCAAUGCACAGCACACCACGUUUAACAAGAAUCUGUGCACUUUGGCUUCAACUUACUCACCUGUGGAAGCUUCUUCUAAUUUGAUGAACUGGAAUAUUGAAAGUGCUGUUAGGAGUCAAAUCAUAUUUGCAUUCAAUUUUUUUGGUAGCCUAACGUGAUAGUGGUCCACCAGCUAUUUAUCAGCCAUGUGGGGCGAGAAUUAAAGAUGUCAAGUUUUCAUUGUUUGGUUCACUGAAUCAUCUAAAGAAUGAGCUGUUGAAAGCAAAAGCACUUCUCAUGACUUUAUAACACAUAGCACUUCUAGCUAUUGUGAUGUGACAAAUCAGCCCCCCUCCCCUUUUCGCCCUGACGUAGCACCUUCACUGUUUUGAUGAGGUGAACAUAUUCAAACCACCGCUUUCCGCAAAACAGCACUGUGUGGUACAAAUCCACUUUCGUUUUUUUGUCGUUGUGUGUGUCCUCAGCCAAAAAUGAGUUCGUAAAGGAGUUUCUGAGUGUCAGAGCAGGCACAACGUGCUGCUACCACAAGCACCACAAUAAGAGACUGGACAGUACGAGAGUUUCAUUUCAAAACCUCUUGGAUUUGCUUUAUUUGUAUUCGGUUGACCUGAAUGCACACAGUCGUCGAUGAACUAAGGGUGUCGUGGAUGGUCACUCUGGCAUUACUGAACAAAAACACAUCCACUACUCUUCCACAACUGCACACCAUUGAUUAAGAACAACACAUCACCAUCUCUUCCAUCACCUUACAAUUCCACCUUGGGCUGCACACGUUUCACUUCCAUCCUCUUUGCACCAUCCUGGAAACUGGAGUUUGUCUGUAGCAGGAGCUGCGGUUGUCCUGAGGCUUUUAAGCCAGAGAAAGUGAGUCGGUUGGGCCCUCUACACAGACACAGCCAAGAACAGGGCCAUUGAACUACAGAGCCUUUGUCUCUGGGUUCAGGCCAUGAGGUUUGAUGCCUCCAUCCACUGACGGGAGACACUGGACCUAAAUGGCGCAGCAUGACUUUGUUCCUGCCUGGCUUAACUUCUCCACGCCUCAGCCCGCCAAGUCCCCUGCUGCCCCCAUUGAGAAGCAUGGAGAGCACUUUCCCCGCGGAGACAGCCGGCCGGGAGUAAACCGCCGCAGACACAACUCUUCUGAUGGCUUUUUCAACAAUGACCCACUAAGAGCCCCCGGAGGUGACGGGUGGCAGCAGCCAUCUCUGUUAAGGCAUGACUCUGUAGACUCUGGUGUUGCAAAAGGGAGUCAGGGGGGAUUGGGAGGUGGACCAGGGUGGAAGGAGACCCCCAGCUGGCAUGGGGCACAGAGGGGCCAGGAAGGUCCACACCACCACCAUGGUCGGCAUAUCAAACGUGGUGGAGGUGAGAGGGAUAGACAAGGGGGUCACCGACAGCGCAAUGGAAACUUCCAUCCACGCAAAGGUGGUCCAUAUCAGGAUAGAUGUUCUGAUGAGGAGCGCAACGAUGACAAGCUCAAGUUUGUUGAUGAGGAUUUUCCCUCCUUGAACCCAGAGACAACUGGAAAGCCAGCAAGUCAACCUCGAGCUGUUGGGACUCCAGCAGGAGUAUGGGAGAACCCCCCUAGUGCUAAGCAGACUAUGUCUAAGAUGCUGGUCAUUAAGAAAGUGUCUAAGGAGGACCCCAGUGCUGCAUUCUCGGCUGGGUUUGCCAGUGCUGGACCUCUGCCCGCCAAUGGUUCUAAAGUCCCUAUCCCUGGACCCAGCGUCUACAAGAAUCUGGUGCCCAAACCUGCCACUGCCCCAACCAAGCCUGGCCCAUGGAAACCCAAUGGAAGGGAAACUAAAGUGGGUUUGCAUUUCUCUGGACGGGAUUCGGCCUUUACCAGCCCUGUUUCUGUGACCAAACCUCUGACACCCAUCAGUGCACCUGCACAUGGCACUACUAAAGAGCCACCUUCCAGCACCACUCCUCCAAUAGACAUCACCCCCUCACGGCUAAAACUGAUGCGCCGCAGCACAGACCGCAAGAGCGAGUUCCUGCGUGGACUCAAGGAUGAGAGAAACGGGGAUAUGAGUGACUGCCACAGUCCAGGAGCCCCAGCAGAGGGCGAGGGAAGUACCCCUGAACCAAAAGAGUUUGGAGAGAGUCAUGAGAACGGCAUCUCCCACUCUCUCAGUGACUCAGACCCAGAGCACUUGUCCAGCUCUCUGGAGGCGGAACACAGGUUGCUGAAGGCUAUGGGAUGGCAAGAAUACCCAGAAAAUGAUGACUUCCAGCCUCUCACUGAGGAUGAACUCAAAGAGUUUCAAGCUAAAACUGAACAGAUGAAGAAGAUUGGUCAGGGGCGUAACGGUGUGCUCCUGAAGCCACGCAGUGUGGCCCUGCUAACCUGGAGAAACACCUCAAACCCCGGCCUGGAAGAAGGCUCUGAAUCUGAGACAAGCAGUAGCAGCCAGACCUCCGACGACGACGAUACCUAAUGUGGCUUUAAACACCCCUCCCACACUUCCCUUUCUCCUCCAUCACACCAUUUAUUUUCAACUCAAACAAGAGCCAACACAUUCUUUCCCUGGACAAGGAGCAUCGGUCAUAUCCCAGGCGGAGAGAAAAAGAAGUCACUUGUCACCUCAUAGGCUCAAUGUCUUUUUGUUUGAUUCUUUUUCCCCUUUCUCUCUCUCUAUCUCUCUGUCUGCUUUUUGUUCUUUAUCCAGAACUAGAAACGUCAAAGAAAGCCACCCACACACACACACCCUCCACAAGAUCAAAUUUUUUUUUUCUUUGUUUUGAUUGGGGGAAGAGAAAAAAAGACUAAUUCAUAAUAACAACACCAAUUAUAACCGUGAUUUAACGUGACAUCAUCUGAAUGUUCUAUAAAAUGGCUUUGACACCUUUCUAAAAGAUUCAUUUUUUUUCCUUUUCGCGAAAACAAUUCGUAGCAUUAGCGUUAAGAUGAAACAAUCAUUGUGAGCCGCUCACUGCGACGUCGCUCCCAGUCCCUCAUAGAAAUGAACUGAAACGCAGCAAGGAAGAACUAAAGCAACAGCGAAUGGACUGUCGCACGCAGUCUGGCAGCUAGAACAUCAGUCCAUUUCUGGCUCCAGUUCAAGCAAACUCUGCUCAUUUCCACUCGUUUCGUUCUGCAGAAUCAUACCAAUAUAUUCAUAUGUCUGCCAAGUACACCUGUGAGAAAACCUUUAAAGGUCAGUUUGCGGGAGAGUUUGAAUAAAGGUAUACGUUUGGAUGGAAGGGUCUAUGUUUUAUGUCGCGUUCCAGGAAGCCAGGCGAACAUACAGAUGUUCAGUUCACUGAGGUUGAGUACAAAAAAAAUCAUAAACAGACUGUUUUCUUCUUGCCCAUAUAUGGUGUAAAACAGUUUUGCCUUUUAACCUAAAAGCUGUUUGAUUUGAACCAUAUUGAAAUCCUGAACAUUUCAGAGUUGAAGCGUUUUCGUGCUUACAGAAGUAAUGCUGUGGCAAUCAUUUUCAAAAGCUUUACCUUCAUUGCAUGUAGAUGGAUUUAAAAAGGGUGUUUAAUAAACACACGCAAGCUUCGAUGAGCUUAUCCCCUCACAAAAACCCUAAUAAAGUCUAGCCGAUGGAAUAGGAAGCAUCAAACAUAGUUGGGCUUAUGUAAUGUUUACAGUGCAGGAAUCGAUCCGAGCUCUCUUAUGGUUUGUAAUGACUGUGAACUUUCAGUAAUAUGGCUUGCACACUUUGUUCUGCUAUGUUGUUGUAUAAACAGUUCAUUUGAGGUUCAUUGUUGACCGCUGAGUUCAAGCCCUGCUGCUGGCGGUGAAGUACAGAUCCAUCUUUAAACGUCUUUAUUUCAUGAGGGACUGCUGGUGUAAAUUGUGCAUCUCCUUUCCUUUUUUUUGUACCUUGUUUUUGCUGAUAGGGUAUAAAAAUGGCUUUAUCACAGAUUUAAGUUUCUUUUUUUUAUCAUUAUUUUGGUACAGCUGUAAAAAUUCCCACAUAGUUUUGUUUUUUCUUCUUCUUUUGUUUGCAUUAUAUUGUUUCUGCAGCCUUGAUAUUCAGGGUGGAUUGUAAAAAAUAUAAGAAUAAAAAAUUGUGAGUUUUGGAAGAUUAAGAUUAUUUUGAUAACAUUAUUUACAGAUUUGAGACGAUAAAGGUGUCAUGUACGGGUUUAUCUGUAUGAGACGAAGCAGACGUAAACUACUGCAUCAUAAUGAGGAGGUCAGAGAAUACAAAUUGUAAUAAAUAUUUUGCAUCAGUUUGCCAAACAUG